UGCCAAUUUUACUUGGGAAAGGAUCUUCUAUUUCUUUAAUCCACCCCCUAUAUAUACUCCUCCUCCUGCGUCCUCUUUUCUUCGCACACAAAGUUGAAAACACUCGUUACAUAACCAAACCUACAAAACAAUACUUUCAGUUUCGUCUUGUUAACUCCAUUUGUUUUCCAAGUUAGAAGCAAUUAAACACCAACGAUGUUGAUGUCUAUAUUCAGUUCCUUUGAUGUUCUCUCUGCUGAAGUUUUUGGGCAAAAAGUGACCUCUUUUUGGGCAACUAGUACUGAAACAAAACAACAGCAAAAAGGGGUUGGCCCUCUUGUAUCAGAUCGCAAGACUGGUGGUGUUUCUCCGCCGUCUACUUCCUCAACCGGUGGUCUGAAGAAGGGCGGAGAGGCAUCGCCGCUGCCGUCAUCUUCGUGCCAACAGAAGCAGAAGAGGCAGAGGUUUGCACUGGAAUUGGAUGGUGUCCACUGUUUCGAGACUAUCAUUCCCUAUUAAUUUUUUUGAAAAAAAAACUAAAAUUCUAAGAUAGAAAUUCGUUAUUCUUGUCUAGUCAUGCAUGUACUCUGCUGCGGACCAGGAUUCUGUAUAUGCUAAUCACCAGCGAUAAAAUUCGGCAUGUAA